UGUGACUGAACGCGACCAUCACUACUGAUCAAGAGUUCCUCAGGCUCUAUCUCUUAGUCCUCGAUGAAGGUCCAUAUUCGAACGACAGGGUCACUGAGAGGAUGUAUGUCCGUUCCAAUUUUCGAAUUUAACUCAUGUUCAAUUUACAGUUCUCACCCCAACCCCAACCUUGCCCGAAUCCGUGGUCCUUCAAAGAGUGCUAUCAUAGAGCCACCGACAGCUCAUGCCCUCGUAGAGGGACAUCGGGCCCUAGCUCCGAGGGAGUUACUUUUUCUUGACCGCUUAAGGAGCUGAACGGGAUAUGUCGCGCGUGUAGAGGCCAAAGUGAGGGCGAAGUUUCCCGAAGCUAUCUCUAUUUAUAUGAAAGUGGACGCUUUAGUGGAUGAGAUUAUCUCGCUGAUAAGCGGAGAAUAUCAUGGGACCGACCACCUGGAUUCUCGAUACGCAGAUCUCCCGCCUUUAUCUCAGCUCAAACUAGUUUUUAUCCAGAAUCCCUCUUAAAUGCGAAUAUCACUUGACGAAACUCUGGAAUGGAACGGAACUAGGGAAGAUGCAGACUUUAUGGAUGGCUUAUGACCCGAGUUAAAACUUUGAUUAGAGAUGGAGCAUAAUUGACUGUCGAUUGGCUUUCCGUCACGUUGGAUAGGUUCUAUCUAGGUACAAGCAGACUCAAGCUAAUCAAACGGCCCGACUUUAAAGCGGUUAUAUCCAUUCAUUACAUUUGCUCUUAAACGUCCGGAUCCUUUUCGAACCAGGUUUUCAGGAUCCAGUAUGGCGGAAUUCGCGAGGAUUGAAGAAUACCCUUCUUACUCGGCGCUUAUCUAAAAGAUUCCCGUGCUUCAUUCAAUAAAUUGGAGCACCAGUCCUUGCCGCACGCCUAUUAUCUAUUUUUCGAUUCCAGAUGUCAUGUGUUAUACGGCUCUUAUCAGCUUCACGUCCUAUAUAAUGGAGCCGUCCCGCGGAUGUCUCCGAUUGAUUCACGUCCCCACAUCUCCAAGAUGGGUUUUCCGGAAGACGAGAAACAAGAUUUAGUACACUCGCAUUCCACUCAAGAUCUUCAUCACCUUGAAGUCAAAUCCAAGGAGGUGGACACAGCAGCCGAGUUGGCUUUGGCAGAUUAUGGCGAGCUCGAUCCCGCAGAGGCGUUGAAAAUUCGGAAGAAGAUAGACCGUCAUAUUCUUCCGUUGAUGUGCAUUCUGUAUUGGAUUCAGUUUAUGGACAAGACCACCCUGGGGAGCUCCGCGAUACUCGGAAUUAGAGAGGCUACACAUCUCACCAAUAAUGAGUACAACUGGCUAGGAACGAUAUUCUAUUUGGCGUACUUGGUAUGCGAAUAUCCUCAAAACCUUUGUUUACAACGCUUCCCUGUCGGAAAAUGGAUGAGUAUCAAUAUUUUCGUUUGGGCGGUCGCCCUUUGUUCUCAUACAGCAUGCAAGAACUUUGCUGGACUGUUUGUUGUCCGAUGUAUUCUAGGCGCUUGUGAGGGAUCUAUCACCGCAGGUUUCAUGAUUGUCACUUCAAUGUUCUACACUCGAAAUGAACAGACUGUGCGUGUUGGUUAUUGGUUUUUGAUGAACGGGACAGCCCAGAUUAUGACCGCCUUCAUAAGUUUUGGAAGUUUGCAUAUCAAGACAACCGGAUUUGAGCCUUGGCAAUGGCUGAUGAUCAUUUGUGGUGCCUUAACCCUCUUUUGUGCGCUUGCUUUCUGGUUCCUUUUUCCUGAUUCACCCACCAAUGCGUGGUUCCUCACCAUGCGGGAGAGAGCAAUGGCAAUUAAACGUAUUAAGGAGAACCAAACGGGGGUGGAAAACAAGCAUUUCAAGAAAGAGCAGAUGAUUGAAGCUGUGACUGAUCCAAAAACUUGGCUUUUUGCGCUCUUCGCUGCGCUCGAUAACGUUCCAAAUUCUCUGACAAACCAACGCCAAAUCAUUAUUAGUUCGUUCGGAUUUACAACUUUUCAAACCACUCUUCUCGGAUGCGUGGACGGUGUAGUCGAAAUCGUCACGAUCUGGACAGGAGUCCUUCUUUGUUCACGUAUACCGAACAGUCGUGCAUAUGUGGGCGCUAUAUAUAUGGUGCCUAACGUUGUUGGAGCGAUUCUCAUCAACGUGUUGCCGUGGAGCGACAAGGUCGGGUUGCUCUUUGCUGAGUGGAUCACGGGUGUCGGAACCACUGGCUUCGUGCUGGCCCUUGCAUGGGUAUCUACAGUCACUGCGGGACAUACGAAGAAGGUCACUGUGAACGCCAUUAUGCUGUGUGCGUACUGCGUAGGCAACGCUACGGCACCCUUCAUGUGGCAACAGAAAUACAAACCUCGUAACCAUGUUCCGUGGAUCAUCAUAACAAUUUGCUACUUGACCUGUGCUAUGAUUCUUCUAAUAUUGCGUUUCCUCCUCGCAAGAGAGAACAAACGACGUGAUGCUGAAUCCCGCGACGAUACGUACGAUGACGCGUGGAUCGAGAGAGUCAAUGAAAAGGGGGAAAAGGAGAGGGUUAAAGUUGAUAAAGAAUACCUCGACCUGACAGACAUUCAGAACCGAGACUUCAGAUAUGUAUUAUAAGGCAUUACCGACUGUCUAAUGGGCUGGAUAAGAGUUUCUUCUUCCUUUCUUUGUACGAUACCGGCUUUGAAAUCGGGACGGUUACUGCUUGACUUACACGAAUCCGUUUUGGAUGAAGGAUGGCCAAGCCAUACUCAAUGGAAGAACUGGAAGCCGAUGACAGUUUCAGCAAACCUAGCCACCC